UCCUCACUCGUCGGAGCGCGUCGUCGCGAGGGACGCCUAGGGACUUUGGCGCCGCCACACGCUCGCGCGCGGCCGUCGUACGACACAGCAUAUACUGAACAGCUGAUGCACCACCGACACCGGCGAGAUGUCAAAUAUCAUUCUACGUGUGCAGUCUCCAGAGGGUACAAAACGCAUAGAAGUACUACCUUCUGAUACAAUUUCUCGACUUUAUGAAAAGGUGUAUGAAGCCUUUGAUUUAAAUAGUUUUGGAUUUAAUCUCUGUAAGCAACGAAGUCAGAAGGAACCACUCACGUCUACACGAAGUAGAACAGUGUCUGGGAUUGGUCUUUCUCAUGGAGACAUACUUUACCUUGUGCCAGCCAAUGGCACCCAACUGUGGAGUGCUCCGUCGACCAGUAGUGCCUCCAGUAAUACUUCUACAGAAUCAGGUCCAAUGGACACUGCAAACGGAAUUACAAAUCGAUCGUCUGGUCCUUCGCGUUCUAUGUCAAGUGUAGUCGAGAACGACAUUGACGAACAAUUAUGGAAGCUGGAUGGCAAGAUUCAGCGUAAACGCGAUGAGAAACUUUGUCGGCACGCAGCGAGAGGUUGUUGCGUUCACUGUUCACCUCUCGAACCUUUUGACGAGAUCUACCUGAAAGAACAAAAUAUCAAGCAUCUAUCCUUUCAUUCGCAUCUCAGGAAACUCACUGCCGGAGUUGAUAGGGGCAAGUUUAUACAAUUAGACGACAUAAGCUGCCGUAUAAAGACUGGCUGCAAGGACCAUCCGCCGUGGCCGCGAGGAAUCUGCAGCAAGUGCCAACCGAACUCAAUCACUCUGAACCGCCAGACUUAUCGGCACGUGGACAACGUCAUGUUCGAAAAUGCUAGUUUAGUAGAACGUUUUCUUAAUUACUGGCGCAGCACUGGGCACCAACGUAUCGGCUAUCUGUACGGAAGAUACGAAGUACAUUCGGAUGUUCCGCUAGGAAUUAGAGCAGUCGUUGCGGCCAUAUAUGAACCACCGCAGGAAAGUACAAAAGACACGAUAAGACUUUUGCCGGACGAGAGGGAAGCGUUAGUCGAAGAAUUAGGCCGGACACUUAAUCUGAGGAGAGUCGGAUGGAUUUUCACUGACCUCAUAGCUGAUGAUGUCAAGAAGGGAACGGUCAAACAUGUCCGCAAUAUAGAAAGCCAUUUUCUAUCCGCUCAAGAGUGCAUUAUGGCUGGGUACUUUCAAAACCGGUACCCAAACCCCUGCCGUUUCUCGCCUAACGGUUAUUUCGGCUCAAAAUUUGUAACUGUUUGCGUCACAGGUGAUGAUAAAAAUCAAGUACACAUGGAGGGCUAUCAGGUGUCCAAUCAAUGUAUGGCGUUAGUACGAGACGGCUGUUUGGUUCCUACAAAAGACGCACCGGAAUUGGGCUAUGUAAUCGAGUCGACUGAUAAGCAAUACGUUCCGGAUGUCUUCUAUAAGGAGAAAGAUACGUAUGGAAACGAGGUAACGAGACUGGCGAGACCUUUACCAGUAGAAUAUUUAUUGGUAGAUGUACCUGCCUCGACCCCGCUCACUCCACAGUUCACUUUUUUUACGGAUGAUAAUAUCACUCCGUUUCCAGUUGAAAACAGGCAAGUCGAUGGACAAGUUCAAGAAUUUAAUUCACUGUGCACCUACAUGCAGCAAUUUACCGGCGAUCAAUUUCUGGAGGCAACCUCCGACUUUCACUUGCUCCUCUUCAUCGCUAUCAUGGAUAUGUAUCCAAUGAAGGACCACAUGUUGCCAUUGCUUGAAGCUAUUCGCAACAAGGACAAGCAGAAAGCCCUGGAGUGGGCCCAAUCGGAACACUGGGCGACGGUAGAGCAGCUCAUAUCCGUAACCUCGACAUCGUCGCGCCCACCGCAAGCCCCGUCCUUCGGCAACAGCCCGAGGACGUUGCCGUCCGCGACCGCGGAGGGCGGGGCAGGUAUAGGCAUUGGUACCGAGCCAAUAGCGAAUCCGCCACCCGACCAAGCUCUCUGGACCUGUUCCCACUGCACUUUUCUCAAUGCCGCGGACUUAGCAGUUUGCGAGAUGUGCAAUCUGCCAAGAGAAGAUGUUGAAGAGUAUGACGAAGAGAUGAUGAGGGAAUUGUUUUGAUAACAGAAUCAAUGGGUUCAAGAGUUCAGUCGAGCCUAGCAAUGCUACACAGUGUUAGAGAUUUGUGUCAAUAGUCAUUAAAUAACUUAUGAUCGCAGAACAGAUUGUGUAUACAUCACUAUUAUUCUUGGGAGGUAUAUAUGUAUUAUAUUUCGCAAAAGACGAUACCCAAAGAAACAUUUGUUGAAACGCGAAUGGAAUGUAAAACGAGAAAGGGAACUGUAAGCAUGUAGGCUGUUGAAACAUAUCCGUUUACUUAAUAUAUUCAUAUUCCAUAAAUAAA